GUGAAAUUUUGAAUAGUUUUAAUCUUCAAAUGGCGCCCACAGUUGCAGCCACGAUUGAACCAUUCCGGAACGGCACGUCCUUCGGAGAUUGGGCUACACGAUUGAAAUAUUUUUUCAUCGUGAAUAAAAUUGAAGAUGAUAACGACAAACGGGCCUACUUCAUAACUAUGGGUGGUCCAGUAAUAUUUUCUCAAUUAAAAUUACUUUUUCCGACUGGCAAUUUUGAAAAUGUUCCCUAUGAAGAGCUAAUUAGCAAACUGAAAGCUCGUUUGGAUAGAACCGAAUCGGAUUUAAUCCAACGACUUCGUUUUAACACUCGUGUCCAACAACCCGACGAAACCUUACAAGAUUUUGCUUUGUCUUUAAGGUUACAAGCCGAAUUUUGUAAUUAUGGUGAUUAUAAAGACCAGGCCAUUCUGGAUAGGAUGGUUGCCGGGAUAAAAGAUAUUGAGUUGAAAAAAAAGUUGUUGAGCGAAAAUAAAUUGAAUCUUGCUACGGCAGAAAAAUUUUUGGAAACCUGGGAGAUGGCAAGUGCGAACUCCAAACCUAUAACUGAGAAAGAAGACGAAGCUUUCGCUUUGAAAUUUGUUCCUGCUAUGGGCAGAGGGAAAAUUUUACAAAAUCUUGCUGAUGUUUAUAAAAAUAACAGUGGUAAAUUUGAAGAUAAAACACGUAUUCCAGUGAAAGACAGGCUCGGUUAUAAGAAUUUGACCGAUCGACGAUUCAAAAAAGUGCAAUUUGAGAACGCUAGAGAUUAUAACGGACAGAAGCCUGCCGGGUGGAGGAAUGAUUUUAGGAGACAACCAGUGUUGGAUCGACGUGUUUGCAAUUUUUGUGGAAUACAAGGACAUGUAGCAAGGAAAUGUUACAAACGACGGAUUCAAAAACAGCGUGAGGUCAAUCUGGUGGAUGUUCCUGGUAGCAGCAAGGACAGUGUGUCUGAUCUUCUUAAUCGUCUGAAUACUAAAGAUUCUGAUGACGACGGCGAUUCUGAUUCAGGUUCAAAUUGGAAACGCGCAAAUUCUCGCCCAUCGUACUCAACUUAGAGUUUCGAAAGAUCCGGACUCGGUGGUUCGGCCAAACGCGCUGAUAACUGUCAGACCACGAAGAAGAUUGGAGGGACAACAUGAAACGACAUUGCAAGAUGAAGAAGAAGAAGAAGAGAAACGACAGGAGCCAAACUAUGAACAAACCAACCGAAUUCCGCGGCUUGGUUGGCCGGUGGACAGAAAAUCUAUUGAUGAUGAAGUUUGUUUUCGUGGAUUCCCAGAAGAAAACUUAGAUACGAAUUCUAAGACUAGGAAACGCAAAGCUACAAAGGAUGCUAUCGAAGCACCCCUCAGAAGAUCUAAAAGACGUCGGAAAAAUUUAAGUUUUGAUGAUUAUGUAUUGUAUAAAUGAUAAUUUUGUCGAUUUGUUGU